GUGGAAGAAGAAGAAGGUUUCGCAGUCGUUGUCGUUUAGACUGUAGAGCUCGCAGCUCGCCCCCAAUGGCGAGUUUGACCGUCAUAUCCGCGCUUGAUGGCGCCAGGCAGUACACGAACGAUUUAGUCCGUCGGGGCGGGACGACGUGACAGUGGGGAAACAGUGCCAUGUCGUGAAACAUUAACUUGUGGGUUUUCGUAGAAAACGGAACAGACUACUAUACUACUGCCUACACGAGACAACACACAUCAUGGCUGUGGUGGUGGUGGUAGUGGUUCCCAGUUGAGAGGGACACCACCGUGAAGACGACAACAACGAGACCGUGGAACAAGCAAAAACCCAGACUCCAUUACCUCCCCCUCUCUCUCUCUCUCUCUACUAACACAUCGUUCGCACAACAACAAUGUGUGCUGUGUCUCCAGAAAACGUGAACAAAAUGUGAGCGUGGAAAUUUUUUACCUACUAUUCAAGACGAACAAAUCCAUAUCUUGUCAUCGCUAGUCCGUCUCUAUCUCUUGUGUUGUUGGUGUGUGUGUGUGUCUUAUUAAUUGUGUGCAACAAAUUUGGUUAUCCAUCAGCUACCGGGAGCUACCAGGCAGGAAGUGAAACAAGAUGGGCAAUCUCUGCUCAAACAACGGCGAUCACGACGGCAACGGCUCCAAUUCAGAGAGUUCGCCAUGUUGCCGUGGUCGCAAAAGUCGAAAGUCGUCGAAAGCUCACAGCGGCGACGACGAGAUCAAACAGGAGCCACCUAUCAUCGGUAACGGCAGUAACAAAUCAGAAUCAACUAACGUCUCUCAACAACGACAGCGUCCGCAACUCGAUUCACGAGAGGAGUCGUCGAUGGCAUCGGUGGAUUCCGAAGGGAUGGCUUCGGCCACAACCCACCACCAACAGCUGACCGUUUCCAUUAGUAACACAUCAGCCGUCCAGCAGCAGCAGCAGCAGAAACAGUCGCCGAAGGUUGCCGGAAGCAACCCGAAUCAGCAAGCAUUAGCAGCAUUAGCGGGUUCACCUACUUCGACUAGUAACGGUGCUAACUGCGAUCCGGACGUGGUGCGCCAGUUGCCGGAAGUCAUUCGCCAUGUGCUGCACGGUUGUGUUGGCACUGGGAGCGGGUACGGCACGGCCGAACGAGGAGCUCACCUGACAGUUUACGUCACGUCAGCCGACCCUACCGCAUCCAGCACGACGGCACUGUUAGAUGCCAUCAACAGCAGCGGAGUUCAUGCCGAAAUCAAAGCAUUGGCCACUUCGCGCGGAGCAUCUUUACAAAUCUUGUGCGAUCCUUGGGGCCCGUCGUCACCAGCGGCCACUACGACAACAUCAACAGCGUUGAUGUCCUCAUCAAGUGACGACCGGAUCGGUCGCAUCUCCUUGUCCAAUCUGAACCGUCUGAUGGAGACGUCGAACGUCAUCCCCGUCCUGGUGUUUGGCGACACACUGGGCCGCACCUGCCUUCCGCUUAGCAUCGAGGCGCAAGACUUCCAGACGGCACUCCAUCAAGCGCCAGAUGCGGAAGAUCGGAAACUUGUCGAACAAUGGUAUCACUCGGAUCAACUGGCACAGCCACCUUGUUACCGGCUCCAAUCUUCUCCAACUAUGUCGGAGGAGGUACAGCAACGGCUACUGGAAUUCUUCAUUACCGUCUUCAGUCAGGAACUGAGCGACGCCUACCUGAAUACUCUGUUUGAACAGGAAGUGCACAAUUCCGUGUGCAUGAGUCAAGAAUUGGCGCGACGUUGUAUCUGGAUCCAAGAAACGACCAUUAGCAGCCCAAACACGUCCGGUUCCGUUCACUCCGAGACGUCCAUUACGGAGAGGGAAAAUCGGCGACGGGUCAACGCUGUUCAGAAAAUUCUCAAGACGCUACUCCAGGAAAAGCACGUCAUCAAAAGUCAGGCGGAACCAUUUUCCGCUGUCACUGGUCAACUCUCUGCGACGCUGCACUCGAUCGUCGAAGAGGUACUCGACGAAGCCGAAGCCAAAGAUGUCCUGUCACGCUCGUCAUUAUCCAGAUCCUUUCUCGAGGAGAUCAACCAGCACCUCACCUUUUGUCAGAGGGCAGCUUCUUGCAGUGUCAACAGAGAAUCGGCUCUUAUGGUCGUCAAAAGGUAUUUGACGGGGAAUGAACAACAUCCGCUGAUUAUUUACGGUGCUGAAGGUAGCGGCAAGACAUGUCUAUUAGCUAGGGCCGCCCAGCAGUGUCACAGCUGGCAACAACCCGACCCCGAAUGCACUUUAGAAAUGGGUGUCGUACUCCGCUUUAUUCGCCUGACACCCGAAUCCAGUUCAGUCCUCACCAUUCUUCAUAGCAUCACCCAGCAGGUGUCGCUUCUCACCACUGGUCGCCUUCCUCGAAAUCCUCAUACGCUGUCGGAUUACCAAUCAACGCUCAAUAGACUGUUGGGCGAUGAGCGGUCUUCGAGGAAGCGCAUUACUUUCAUUAUAGACGGAGUUGAUCAUUUGGAGGAUUUCGACACUGUCUUCGAUUUACUCAGUUCUUGGUUAUUGGUCCAGUUGCCUCCCACCAUCAAAGUAUUGCUGACUCUGAGAACUGGCCACCAACUCGAAAGAUUGCGUGGUCAGCUACCCGCUAGUGCUUUCUAUCAGCUCGAAGAGCUUUCUUCUAGUGAAGCACACAACUUGUUUGACGCCUGUCUCUUACAACACACUCAUCGCUCCCACAGCGAUCAUUUGACCGCUAUGGCUGCCCAGAUUAAUCAAUCGCAUCGACCUUUAACUGUCAAGAUUUUGUCGUGGCAAGCGGGAUUGGCUGAAGAGUUUCGCGGGAAUAUUAGCGGCGAAAUAUUGCCAUGUUCGACCAACGUUAUACCUAAUCUCACUGCUGCUGUUCACGAACUAACUGGCCGGAAUCAAGUGGCAAUGAUGAUUGCUCUGUUGACUUCAUCCCGCUACGGCAUAUGUGACUACGAAAUGGAGCAGCUGUGCCGUCUUCAUCUGUGUGAAAGUGAUAACAGCAGCUGGCCAACUCUGGCUCACUUACUGGUCCCUUUCCUUCAACGCGUUGUUGUGGGUGGACUCGGAUUGUUGUCGUGGCGGGAUGCAACUCUCCGGGAGCAAAUGACGAACACAUUUCUAGUCGACCGAAAUGAAGCAGUCGUCGUCCAUCGAAAAAUGCUGGACUACUUCUGGACCAUUUGGCAAGAGUCGAGAACUUUACUAGAAAGCCGCAAUUGGACCGAUUUGGCCACUCCUUUAUCGGCCAUUACUAACCUGCGUUUGACGAGACGAGCUCUGGACGAAAUUCCGUAUCAUUUGUCCCGGCUGGAUUUUUCAGAGACUCAAGUCCGGUGGAUUGAAAUCUGGUCGGAUCCUGGGUGGCUGUUGACCAAACUAGCCACUUCUGGCGUUACGCAAGUGAUGGAGGAUUUUGCUUUAACACCGGAAUCUUGCCGACCGGAACAUUUCCAACAGUGGAUGUCACUCCUCGCACCGGCCAUCGACUACGACUACCGGCAAGUGACCAGUCAACUGAUUGGCCGAGGAGCUCCACAAACAGGAAUUUUCGAGAAAUUGUGUCGCAAUCCUCUAGUAGCUUCUCUUCUCCCCAGCCAGGAUUUAGCUCCAUCGGAUUCUUCGGAAAAAGACAUUUGUAUUAGUGCUAUUUAUCGUCUGAACAGCGGUGAAAGACAUCAUGCGGCUGCUCUAUCGGCCGUCCGGGACGAAUUGAGUCUUUGGAAUUUUAAGACCGGUCAAUGCGAUAAAGUGCUUGGAAACCUGCAGCACCAGCCUUUGAAAGUCGCCCCGCUGGCCAACGACCGUUGUGUCGUAUUGUGCGGGCGUGAACUGUGUGUUUAUGACAUGAAUACUGGCGAAGAAGUGCUCAAGCUCAAAGGAAUGAUGAACCAAAAACUGCCAUUGUUUGGCCUUCACGGCGAUUCUCACGUGGUGUCACUCUCACGUAAUCGGAUGUAUGUCAACCUAAUCAGCCUGGAAAACGGCGAUUGUGUUACAACGUUUAAAGUGGGCGAGGAUCGAUUCCUCAAUUCGCUCCUAGUGUCCGACAAUGGCCGACUCUUGGUCUGCGGUGACGAGUCCAAACGGCCCUGUUCACUACUUGUCUGGGACUUGCAGGCUAAAAAGCUCAUCUAUGAUUUGAAAAUGAAUCACCAUGAAUUUAUCACCCGAUUGAGUGCAAUCACUGGAGAUGGGACCUACGUGGCCUGUGUUUGCAAAGAACUAGAGACGAGCGAUCCGAAUUUCAUCGUGGUUUACGACUUGCAAAGUGGCACGCUCUUUAAGAAAUGGAAAGCAGGAGCAAACACAGUAGCAGUCAGUAUUGCCUGCCAAAACAGUUGCGUCGUGACAAGUUUGCAGGACGCUCGAAUUCUUGUUUGGGAUCUCGUGACAGGCAAUUGCCGCUGGAGUCUAUUGGGCCAUUCAGCCUCUGUAGACACACUCAACCUUGACGCCGAGGGUUCUUAUUUACUCAGUUGGGACUCUGAGGACAAUGACCGGUCUCUAAGGCUCUGGAAUCUCUCCAAUGGGCAAGAUGUGGCCACGUUCACACCUGAUCAACGUACAACGGCCGCCCACGUAUCUGCUGACGGGCAAGUUGUGCUGGUAGCUCUAGCCGGUCGCUCUGAUCUUGUCCAGUUGAAACUGUCUCAAACUCCGCUGUCGUAGAAAACCACGCCCAUCAAAAUAGGUCUCCAAAAAUAGAAUUUAAACCUCCGUAAAAAACAAAACAAAAAAAAAAGUCCAUCGUGUCGUAUGUCAGUGUGUCAAUUCUGUGUAUCGAAAAUUCCAAUCUUCUUGAGUUAUUCUCAUUGAUUGGAUGUGUUAAGUCAUCCCACCCAAACCCAUCCUUGUUCGUAUCGGGAACCAACCUUGGUAUUAUCUACACUUUUAUUUUCCACUUCGCUUGUGCAUUUUUCGAGCUCGUAGAAAUAUUUUUCAGCGCUGCUAUGCAAUUGCAAUAUAUCAUCAUCCAUUCGACUCGGGAGUGCUCCAGUGGAGUGAAAAAUAUUUUCACCCUUCUGUCUAUUCUCUCAUUCUAUAUCCUUCUCUAUUGUCUCUGGCCCACGUCGUCGUGUAUGUGCAGCGAGUGUGUUCCCUCCUAUUCAACCUCCUUGAUUUCCCAAUGACAAGUCGUUCCAGAUUGAUCAUCCAACGAGUCAACUAUGUUUAUUUUUUUUCUCUUUCUUUUCUCAUCUUUUUAAAACAUUACGCACAAAAAAUCAGCUAAUGUUUCAUCUAUUUUAUUUUCCCUUAUAGAAUUCUUGACCCAAAUUCUCGUCGAAUUUGUUGUUUGGUAUAUACAUAACUCACGGUCGCUAACGAUUCUAAAAAUGUUCUGUUUGUCAAAGCCGCUAAAAUGGCCGUGUAUGUAAAUAUUCUUGAAUUGAUCGUAUUUAUCUGUAAUAAACCGAUAACGUUUUAACGAA